AUGGCCAGCUCCAUAGCAACUCGUUGGAGAGAACUCAGUGGGUACAACAACUUGGGGGGGGGUCUACUACACCCACUAGACACUGAACUCCGCCGCUAUAUAAUUCACUACGGUCAAAGGACUGCAGCUGCCAGAGACCUGCUUGACCCUAACACCCACGAACCGAGCACCUCGAAACAAGAGUUUUCCUCCAAGGCUUGUCUCGUAAAAGGAAACCCGUACAACUACGAGGGGACUCCCUUCAUUUAUGUUUCGUCGGCAUGGAUCGGAUAUGUGGCGAUGAGCACCGAUGAAGGGAAGCGUGUACUUGGCCGGAGGGAUGUUUUGGUUGCUUGGAGAGGGGCCAAAACAGGCACAGAAUGGUUCAAUGAUAUGAAGUUUCUGCAACAAACACCUUCGGACCUCUUCCCGAUUGCCGGCGCCGAUAAUGUUAAAUUUCACGGUGGCUUCCUCUCGCUUUAUACCGGGACUAAACCGGAUUCUACUUAUACCAAAACUAGUGCCAGAGAGCAGGUCUUAGAUGCUGUAAAGGAACUUGUAAACAAGGACAAACAUGAAGAAAUAAGCAUAACCUAA